AUGCCAGAUUCCACUGUGAAAGGAGAUUCUCAAAUUGAGCCUCCUGAUAAUUCUGGUCCAUCUCAUCCUCCCGAGCAACUUCCAGAGCGCAGCGAAGCUGACGCCUCUUCCGUUGCACCGUCCUCGUUCCUGCCUGAUUACUUGGAAGACGACUUUGAGAACGACGAUGAGUUCGACGAGGAGUCAGCUGAGCCACAAUUUGCUAGACACCAGGACGUAUUCCAAGACUCGCAGGGCAAGGUGGAUGAUAAGAAGGCCCAGGUGAGUGAUCGAAAAGUUGUCUUCGCCGAUGAGCAACUAUCAAGGUCUCAGAACCUUGGACUCAGAGGUCGUGAAAUAGAUGAGAAUCCGCCAGAACCAGACAUUGAAGAGAUACAGGCACAUCCGGCCUUUGCACGGCAAGUGAGCUUUUCCUCUGAUGUCGGCGAAGAUUCCAACAAAGCCAAAAUGCGCAAAGGCACCGCCUUUGUCCGUGCGGACAGCCUGCCGGAGUCAGAGGAAGAUGAUGAGGAGGCUCCUGCAGCUGCAUCUGAGCGGAAAGUCAGUUUCUCCCAUGAAGCUGGUGUCGAUUCAGAGACGGCCAGAGCCAUCAGAAGAGGCACUGGCUUUGUGGCUACAGAGAACCUGCCAGAGUCAGAGGAUGAAGAAGACGAGGCUCCUGCAGCUGCAUCUGAGCGGAAAGUCAGUUUCUCCCAUGCUGGAUUCACUCGGAGAUUGUAAGUUGGGCGCGCUUGUGUUAUCAAUGCGCCGGAGCGCUUGAAAGGCUCCUGCGGCUUCAUCUGAACGGAAAGUCAGUUUCUCCCAUG